UCAUCAAGCAGCUAAUAGAGAUAUACAUGCUUGGUCACGUUUAGUGUUCAGACUCCAAAAAGCUGUAUAAGAGCCUGAACCUUCAGCCAUAUAUAAUGCUAUCACGGAGAUAGAGAUAGAGACUGAGAGAGCAGAGAAAGCAGACCUGUGUCAUUAUUCUUUCCCGUGUGCUUAUUUUUUUCCUUUCCUUCUUCAGACUCCUCCAGAAUUUAGAGGGAAAAUUCGAAGUACGAAACAAAAGGGUGAAUAGCUGGAGAUAAGAGUAUCGCCGAAGCGUACGUAGAAUCAGGGGCUUCGACGAGAGCAUUGCGGAGGAAGAUGAUGAAUAACUCUGUUUCGGAUAACAGUUUUUACAUCGAAAGUGAUGAAGAGGAUGUGGAAAAGGAGCUGAACAAAGGAGAAGCUGAUGCUGAUGGCGAUGGGAACGAUUCAGAUUCUUCAAAUUUUUCAAAUGAAAACCAGCAGCCGAACAAACCCAGUUCAUAUAACGUUUCAUGGCCUCAGAGUUACAGGCAGUCAAUUGAUCUAUACAGUAGCGUACCAUCGCCAAAUAUCGGAUUUCUGGGCACACCUUCACUGUCCAGAUUAAGUAGUUCCUUUCUUUCUACAUCUUUAACAAGAAGGCACACUCCUGAAUCACUGUCUUCUGCAAAACCUCUGUUACAACCAACGGCAGAUGAGCCACAGAGACGAAGCUCUCAUACUUUGCUUCCUCCUUUUCCUUCUAGGAGGUCCAUGAUUAAGAAGGAUGCUGCCAAGGUUUCUCAUGAAGCUCCAAUUCCUUGCCAGUGCUCUUAUGGACAAGCUGUGCUUAAUGGCAUAAAUGUCCUGUGUGGUGUUGGAAUCCUUUCUACCCCUUAUGCUGCCAAAGAAGGUGGAUGGCUUGGGCUUUCUAUUUUAUUGAUUUUUGCAGUUCUUUCCUUUUAUACUGGGAUCCUUUUGCGUGCCUGCUUGGAUAGUGAACCAGGGCUUGAAACAUACCCUGACGUUGGCCAAGCUGCUUUUGGAACUACAGGACGUAUUGCCAUCUCAAUUAUAUUGUACGUGGAACUAUAUGCUUGUUGCAUAGAGUAUAUAAUUCUGGAGAGCGAUAAUUUGUCCUCUUUAUUUCCAAAUGCACACUUAAGUUUGGGUGGCAUUGAAUUGAAUUCACACAUUCUAUUUGCACUGUUGACCACCUUGGCUGUUCUUCCCACUGUUUGGCUCCGUGACCUAAGUAUUCUCAGUUACAUCUCAGCUGGAGGAGUUAUUGCAUCAGUUUUGGUGUCUCUCUGCUUGUUGUGGAUUGGGCUGGUAGAUGGAGUUGGCUUUGAGCACAAAGGGACGCCAUUGAAUCUUGCAACUCUCCCUGUUGCUUUGGGUGUCUAUGGUUACUGCUAUUCAGGACAUGCGGUGUUCCCAAAUAUCUAUACAUCAAUGGCAAAUCCAAAUCAAUUCCCUGCAGUUUUAUUAGCAUGCUUUGGUAUUUGUACCUUGUUGUACGCUGGAGUGGCUGUCAUGGGGUACACAAUGUUUGGAGAAGCAACACUUUCUCAGUUCACUCUAAACUUGCCUCCAGAUUUAGUGGCCACCAAGGUUGCUGUGUGGACAACGGUGGUCAAUCCAUUUACCAAAUAUGCAUUGACCAUAUCUCCAGUUGCAAUGAGUCUGGAGGAGUUGAUACCAUCAUCCAACUCUAAGUCUUACCUAUAUUCCAUUUUCAUCAGAACAGGACUGGUAGUUUCUACGCUUGUUGUUGGUCUUUCAGUUCCUUUCUUUGGUCUGGUAAUGUCGUUGAUUGGAUCUUUACUCACAAUGCUUGUUACCUUGAUUCUUCCCUGUGCUUGUUUCCUGAGAAUCUUACGUGGCAGGGUCUCGAGCCUCCAGGCAUCACUUUGCAUUGCAGUGAUCACGGUAGGAGUUGCAUCAUCUGCUUAUGGAUCGUACUCAGCUCUUACCAAGAUUAUAGAAAGCUUGAGACAAUGAAGUUCUUGUGGCUUCACAGCCCUGCACAAUCCUUAAUCUUAUUAUUAUUGAGCUUCUUCAUGUCUUGUUCCAUCCAUUUUCCCCCAGUUUUGUUUCCUUUGUCUGAGGCUCUCCUGCACCGUUACUGUGUUGCUGGUGGUUCUUUCUACUUUGCCACUGUGAGUUUAUCAUUGAGAGGAUUUUUUGUUUUGCUUUUUUUUUUUUUGGAACUAAAGCACACUGCUAUAUUUAUUUCAUUCUACAUAUUAAUAUUUGUUGCUAGUC